UCUCCGAAUCCUCGAUUGAAAGGCAACAUCAACAACAUCCAACCACGUUCAAUACCCUAACCAAUAGCAUCUAGCCCAUUCAUCCUUGGAUUAACAUUCUUUUUUAUCACAACAAUACACAUUUUGCAAUAAUGGAUCCCUCAGACCCUUUCCUCCAAGUCCAAGCGGACGUCCUCUCCACCCUCCAAACUGCCAGACCCCUCUUCUCCUCGUACCUUCGUAUCCGCUCUCUCACCAAAUCCGCCACAAACCCCGAACUCCAACAAGCGCGCACCGAACUCGAGACCACGUUAACAGAGCUCAAUGCAGACCUAGACGACCUCAUCGAAAGCGUCCGCGCAAUCGAACACGAUCCCUACCGCUAUGGCCUAGAAAUAGAGGAGGUGCAGCGCCGCCGAAAACUGGUACAGGAUGUCGGCGCCGAGAUCGAGAAUAUGAGGCAGGAGUUGAAGCGCGCUGUGACGUCUGCUGCGACAGGGGCUGCUGCCGGGGCCAAGUCUCCUGGGUUACCGAACCCGGCGGAUUUUGAUAAUCUCCUGUCGCCUUCUGCGGAGGAGGGAGGGGAUGAUUACUAUGCUUCGAUGGAGCAGCAGCGGCAGGUGGAGUUGAUGCAUGAGCAGGAUGAGCAGUUGGAUGGGGUGUUUCGGACUGUAGGGAAUCUACGAGACCAGGCGAAUGAUAUGGGGAGGGAGUUGGAGGAGCAGGCUGUUAUCAUUGGGGAUGUGGAUACGAUGGCUGAUCGGGUUGGAGGGAAGCUACAGAGUGGGGUGUCCAAGUUGAAGCAUAUCAUCCGGAAGAAUGAAGAUACAAUAUCUUCAUUCUGCAUUGCAACACUCAUUUUCGUGCUCGUACUAUUAUUAAUUUUGGUCAUUGCUCUGUGAUAAAUACAUGGGAAACAGAUAAAGGCAUGGCGUUUUGUUUUGGGGUAUUUGGACAAAUAGAUGGAAUCGCCCAAUCAUUAGACCUUGGUCUUCUUGCGGGGGUGC